AUGGGUGACUGGGACGAUGAAGAUGAGAGCGAUCUUGUUGCCAAACAAGUGAAGGUUGAUUGGGACGACGAGGAAGAUAAUGCUGUUCCUGAUUCUUGGGAUGCAGAACCACCUAAAGAUUCAGAGACAACUAAAACAGUUGCUCCUGCUAAGUUGUCGUUAUCUGAGCGCCUGAAAUUAAAAGAAGAACAGAAAAGAAAGGAAAGAGAAGAGAAAUUGCGAAGGGAGGAGGAAUUAAGACUUUCUCAACCUGUGACAGAAUUGCAGCGUGAAAAACUUGCCGAAGAAGCAGAACUCGGGUUGUUAAAAGAUACAUUUGGUCCUUCUACUGUCCAGAGUAACGAUAAAGAAACAAUCGAUUCAUGUUGUCCAAAAACCAAGGAAGAUUUCAAUCACUUACACUCACUACUUGCGGCUAAGAUCACAACUAUACAGAAAUCCCCUCAUUUCACAGCGUUUGCUGAGAGUUUGAUUCGUGAUCUUGUGAUUGAAAUGGAAGUUGAUGCCCUCCGAACAGUAAAUACUGUAAUAAAUGCGUUAAUCAAUGAGAAACAAAAGCUUGUUAAGAGCAAAACAAAAAAGAAAACGAAAGGCAAAUUAUUAGUGGAAAGAGAAAAUGAUUAUCAGUUUGGUGUUGAUGAUGCUCUCCCAGAUGAGUAUGAUGAUUUUAUGUGA